CUGUUUUCUGAAAGCUCAGACAAACUUUUUAAAUUCUGGACUGUGAACAGCUGUAGAACAGAGAAGACUGCAGAUAAACAGGUACAACAUAUAGAAGAGGAUUUGUUUAGCCUCUGUGUAUCACCUGAAGCUAGUCACUUUAUAUCAUGAGCAGGGGAGGACUGACCAUUUGGAAACUUGGGCACUGCCCGGGGGCGUGGGGUCAGUACGGGGCCCCAUGAGAUGCCCCUGGUAACUUUUUCAUAGGCUUUUUUGAGUUUGGGCAAGGACACAGGGGCCCCAUGAUCCCCUAUUGCCCGGGGGCCCCAUGAGUUGUCAGUCCGCCCCUG